AAACUUGAGAAUCUCGAAAUCGAUCGAAAUGAAAAAGAAUUGAAGAAAACUUGUCAUUUAUCCUCUGGAAUUUAAAUCGCUUAUUCUCGUGAGAGUAUAAUUCUUUUUGGAGAAAUUGGACGUUCCAAGUCGACGCGAUGAAUCCAACGGGGGAACGGAAAGUAGUAUCAAUUCGUUGAGAAGUCAAUGAGAAUCGUCCUCUUCGACGAUGGAACGCGAUCGAGAAUAGAAACGAGAAAGGAUCGAUCGAUUCUCGUGCGACUCUCGAAUAAUGUCGACUACCAAUCUGAGAGACUUUCUGCUGGUAGAUACCGACUUGUCGAUGGCCGUCGCGUAUCAUCGUGAGCAUCCAUGCCUCUUUGAAUUGGUGACCCAAAUGAAAUUGUUCCUGGAAUGCCGCGUUAGACCAACGAACUGCAAGAUCAAGUAGAAUCGAGAUUGAUGCCGCAGCUUCGCCACGAAGUUUGAACUCUGCGUUUUUUGGAGUCCGGAGCUUGGUGAAAGUGUUCAGGAUUAACAGGAGGAGCGGAUCGCGGUGUUCGGAUCACGGAGCCGCCGCUCAAUUUUCACGUAUACCGAUCUGUCUACCAUGCAACCGUUCUCGACCGGCAGCGCAAUGGCGACCGAAACACCGACCAGCCUCCCACCAGAGAGAGUUACCUCACCGGCACCGUGCAAGAACUUGACCUUCUCCAUCGCGAAAAUCAUGGAGCCGGACAAACGUCUGACCGAGCAGAGCAACAACAAUCAGCAAACGACGACGGCGGCGGCGGCAGCGGCGACGACGACGACGGCGACGACGCCGCCGCAACCACCGCCGCCCAGCAUCCCCUCGUUAAAUUAUUCGGCCCACUUGGAAUCAGCGUUCAAGAAGUACGUGCCAACGUUGAGGCAACAGAAUCUCUUGCAACCGUACUCCCUUCUCUAUUAUCAUCCCAACUCGCUGCUGAGUGCCUUCCCAGCUCCGCCACCCGCCACCCCCGCCGUCCCACAGAAUUCGCCGCCCCCCAUCACCAUUCAAAAAGCUUUCUCGAAGAUGAGCCUGGCCGCGAUCUCGCCCGAGAGCCAGCGUGAAAAGAAGAGCCCCGGACCGCGGAGUAACGAACUCAGCACGGCGAACAAACAGAAGACAUUCACCUGCCCUGAAUGCGGCAAGGUGUUCAACGCCCACUACAAUCUGACCAGACACAUGCCCGUCCACACGGGGGCGCGGCCGUUCGUCUGCAAGAUAUGCGGCAAAGGGUUUCGCCAGGCGAGCACUCUGUGCAGGCACAAGAUCAUCCACACGGCGGAGAAGCCGCACAAGUGUCCUACCUGCGGCAAAGCUUUCAACCGAAGCUCGACCUUGAACACGCACAGGCGCAUCCACGCAAACUACAAACCGUUCGUGUGCGAGUAUUGCGGGAAGGGGUUCCAUCAGAAGGGAAACUACAAGAAUCACAAGUUGACGCACAGUGGCGAAAAGGCGUACAAGUGCAACAUUUGCAACAAGGCGUUCCACCAGAUUUACAACCUCACCUUCCACAUGCACACCCACAACGACAAGAAACCGUUCUCGUGCAAGAUCUGCGGCAAGGGAUUCUGCAGGAACUUCGACCUCAAGAAGCACAUGAGAAAAUUGCACGACAGCGGUUCACCAGUGUUGAACGGCCUAGGUACUUCGGCUCAGAGUCACAAUCAACAGUCCGGUUACGCGUCCGUCCACCACGGACCCGGCGCCCACUCGUUCGUCAGUCCUUUCCUGCUCCCGCCGCCAGGUACCACCACUUACUUGAGCAAAAUGUUGUGACAAGGCGACGCUAUUCAUUACCCGAGGAAGACGCAGUGCCCUUUGAUCCUUGGCCCGCCUUGUUACACAUCGGGGGACAUCGGCCAGUUGACGCAACCCUCGAAAUGAAGGGAGGCGAGCAAAGAAAUAUCGGUGAUCGUUAGAUUAUUACGAGGAAUACAUCGAGGAGGGGUGAAGCUGGAAAUUGGACGAUCGGAUUAGAUCUCGAGGAUCGUCCGGUUUUCGCAGCGAGAGUAAUUUAUCUCUUCGAUAAAGAAAGAGAGAUAUAACCCAAGAGAUACCAAAGACGCGGGCAAGAGACACUUGGACAACGUGGGGAAACGUGUACGUGUCACCGUAUUGUUUCGAGACAACCAACUACCUCAUCUACCGCAGCAACUAAAUUGUAGGAGAUUAUUCCUGUUUUACCUUUAAGACUAGUCUCAGACGCCUUUUCCGUCACGAUGUAACGAUCAUAUGUACUAUCAUUUUUACCAAAACACUGCACGAGUACUUUCUUCGGAAUACCUUCGUUUCGAAAUUUCUUUUCUUUCAUCGCGCAAUAUCUUGCAAUCAUAUAGUAUAUUUAUAUACGCAUAUUCUGUUCUAUUCAAAGUACUACCUGUUUACGCGAUCGCGAUUUAAAAGCGAGCUAAAAAUUGAAAGCGAUUCGCAAUAUCAUCGUGGAUAGAAACGAUCGUCAACAAACAUUGGUGGAAAACAAGGGUCGAUAAAAAUCCAAAAACAACGGACGGGUGGAUUAAUUCACGUUGGAGGCACGAAUUUUCGACGGGACGUGAAUAAUGCGAAUAUCCUUAAUUUCGAGGAUGAAGCAACGCGACGGCGAGGGCAAAAACGGCGGGCAAAUAGGACGAGUAAUCGAAUUAGACGAUUCGCCGCGGACAAUUAUUCGGCAGCACAAUGAUAUUUUAACCGGACGAGCAGUUGGCAGCUGCAAAACACCGAGCGUGAAUAUAUCGGAGAAAGCAAAUAAUCGGUCGUAUCGGGCGAAAUAAACCAUGCAGGGGAGGUAAAUCAACAGAUAGACAGAGGAAACCAGAGAUACAUAAGUGCAUAUUGGCAGGAUCGUUAUAAACUGGACACCGGAUCCCCCAUGGCAUCGGAUUAAUCGCAUGAAAGCUCAAUCGAUGGUAUCCUGGCGAGAGAUGAUUACUUAUUUAUGUAAAUACUUGUAAAUAUUUGUACCUGCGACGAGAGAGUGAUUUCGUUAUUGCGGCGCAUUAACGGUGGCCGGAAAUUAUCGACGAAAAAAAAAAAAAAAAAAGAAAAAAAUAGAGAGAAAAAAAAAGAGAGAGAGGAAGAAAACGAGAUGGUGGUUGGUUCUUCAGCGUCGAUCGUCGCGACGAUUUGACGCGAGAGUUAUUGCCAGAGGAAUCGGAUCGAAGCGAGUGUCCUUUCGAGUUCCUCCUCCUCGUCUCGCGCGAGGGGGCUCGCGUGCAAGCUUCCUCCUUCCAAGAUGAAGGGAAAAGCGUAGAGAGGAACGCGUGACAGACACGUUUGGCCACGAUUAUCCUUAUCUAUUCCUUAGACGAAAUGUAUAAAUCGGUGUGAUAGUAGCUUUUAAGUGACGCGCGUAGCGAACGCGAAGAAAGUGUUGGCCAUUUAAUUUACUAUCCGUUGUAAAAUUACUAGGUGAUCGAUCUGCAUUUCGAAGAUUUAUACGCGAUCGUUUCGAAAGAGAUUUGCAAUAGAGAGAACGUAGGGAACAAGUCGCUCGUUGUUCUCCGUUUUCGCGCGUGUUCAAUCUCAUUUUCAUUAUGCAUUUUUAUUUACGUCUCACCUUUUCUUUUCUUUUUUUUUAUUCACCGCGGUUUUUUCUAUCUCUUCUUCUAUUUCUUUAACUUUCACUCGCAACGAACGAAAUUUCGAAAUUUAAUUUCCCUCCCUUCCUCCGUUUCUUUUCUCCUUAAAAAAAAAAAAACGAUGGUUAACUCGAAUCAACAGAAUCGAAUUCAGAUUCCUCGAGGGAGAAACCCCUUAAUCGAUUCGAUAUUUCACGUUUCUACGGAACUAGGUAAGCCGCGCCGAGAUCGACGACGAGGCGAAAUUAAUGAAUUAAGCAUGAUUAACGGCGAAAAUAAAGAAACGAACUAUAUAUGUAGAUAAUCGGUAGAGUAGAUGAAAAUGCAUAUGUAUGUGUCCCCUAUUGUAAAUAUGAGUCGAUCCAAUGCAAUAAAAUCAUCGAUACCAAUGAA